UGUAUGAUUGCAUGUCAUCACUAUAAUGAGUAUGCAUAUUUACGAAACACAAAAAUGGGGGUAGAUUGAUAUUUUGAGCGAAUGAUGAAUGUUUUUUAUACGAACUUUUUGUUUUUGGUGUAGGGGGAGUGGGGAUCUGAUCUACUCUCUUUCUUGGUUGAUGUUUUGUGGGGGGUUUGGGGGGUGGUCAAAAGGCAUGUAUAGGUUGGGUUGGGUUGAGUUGAGUGCAUGGAACAAAAACGGUUUUCAUCUCGCUUUCAUGUAGGACAUCUUUUAAUGCUUCUUGACUCCUGUAUACGUGUUGAUCAAGCUAUCGUCAUCAUCAC